AUAACCUAUUUUAAUAAUGUGAUCAUGAUAACCACAGCUAUGGCGAAUUCAACGUUUUGAAUUGUGUCCCCAUGAUUCUAUAUAUACAAAGAGCAAUUCUUGUUACUUUCAUCCAUGUUAUACAUCUUCUUCUUUGAUUAUGAUAGUCUUGUUUCUUCUCUUCUUCCUGAGAAUUCCUCAUGUCUCUUCUUUAUCAUUCAACUUUCCUAGCUUCGAUUCAAGCAACCAUGACAUAAACUACGAAGGAGAUGCGUCUCUUUUGGAUUCUGUCAUCCAGCUUACUCCAAACCAGCUUUCUCAAACUGGUCAUGCCACAUAUGUGGAACCCAUGCAUCUCUGGGACAAUGCCUCCGGCAGCCUCGCAGAUUUCACCGCCAGCUUCUCUUUCUCCAUUGAUUCACAGAACAAUGCUUCACAUGCUGAUGGGCUUGCGUUCUUCAUUGUUCCUCCGCAAUAUAGAAUGCCUGAUGAAAAGCAAGGUAGCGGUAUUGGUCUUGCCAGUGGUAACCUGACCUUGAACUCAACAGCAAAUCCAUUUGUUGCUGUCGAGUUUGAUACUUACUACAAUCCCUGGGAUGAUAUGGAUGAUGAUCAUGUGGGUAUUGAUAUUAACUCCUUGAAGUCUUUAAAAAGUGUGAAAUGGUACAGUAGCGUCAUGGAUGGGAGGGUAAUGGAUUCUAGGAUUAGUUAUAAUUCUAGUUCCAUGAAUCUCUGUGUUUACUUUACAGGAAUUUCAGAAAAUAUCAAAGUUGAUCAGAAUCUUUGCUAUGAAGUUGAUCUAAGGGGAUACUUGCCUGAAUGGGUUCUUCUGGGGUUUUCUGGUGCAACUGGGGCGAAUAGUGAGUUUCAUAGAAUUCAUUCAUGGUCUUUUGAUUCGAGUUUUCAACCACAUAAAAACAGUACGACCACUCCCUCUCCUCCACCUCCAGACAUGCCAGUUCCCAUUUCCACCGGAAAAGAUGAAAACAAGGCAGGAAAAAUUGCAGGGGUGGUGAUCGGCUCACUGGGUGCUUGUGUUAUAGUUUUUCUUGGUAUCUGGUACUUCAGGCACAAGAAGAAGAGCAAAACGAAACCAUAUGCUCAUCCCAUAGGCUCAGUACAAAUGAGUUCCACUAGUGUUGGAAAUAUAGAGGAAGCAGAAGUUGAUUCAUUCGUUGUGCAAUCCCAAGACAAUGAAUUUAGAAGGGUGACUGGAGCCAAGAAGAUUCCAUAUGAAGCCUUGAUUUGUGCAACAAAUAAUUUCGAUGAGAAUGAGAAGCUAGGGGAGGGAGGAUUUGGCGCUGUAUUCAAGGGAUAUCUGAAGGAUCUGCGCAUUUUUGUCGCGGUUAAGAGGAUAUUCGUGAGCUCAAUUGUAGGAAUAAAAGGCUAUGCAGCUGAGGUCAUGAUCCUCAGCCAGCUGAGGCACAAGAAUUUGGUUCAACUCAUUGGUUGGUGUCAUGAAAGAAAAGCAAUCCUACUUGUUUAUGAGUACUUAGAAAAUCGCAGUCUAGAUUUUCAUCUAUACAAUGAGGAAACCUUGCUGAAAUGGGAGCAAAGAUUCAAAAUUGCCCAAGGUUUAGCUUCUGGCUUGCAAUACCUGCACCAUGGAUGGAAAGAAAAACAAUGCGUGUUGCACAGAGACAUCAAGCCUAGCAAUGUAAUGUUGGAUUCAGAUUUCAAUUCUAAGCUUGGAGAUUUCGGAUUAGCUCGGCUUCAGGACAACGACGGGCGGUCUCAAACAUUACAAGGUGGCAGCCGUGGAUACAUUGCUCCUGAAUGUUGGGACACUGGAAGAUCGAUCAAAGAGUCAGAUGUCUUCAGCUUUGGCGUUGUGGCAUUGGAGAUUGCUUGUGGAAGAAAACCAUUUGUACAAAAGGAAGAUGGAAGCCAAGUUCAUAUAGUAGAGUGGCUUUGGGAGUUCUAUGGAAGAAGAAAGCUGAUCGAGGCAGCUGAUCCGAAACUUGAAGAUUUUAAGAGGAAACAGAUGGAAUGUUUGAUGAUUGUUGGGCUCUGGUGUGGUCACCCACACUACGCUUUUCGACCAUCAAUGAGCGAUGUCAUUGAUGUCCUUAAUUUUGCUGCUGACCCUCCUGAGCUUCCACCGAAAUUUCCAGGUCCAGAACAUUGUCUUUAUGCACAAGGAUCAUCGACUGUCUCAUCUUCUAUUACUGCAACUUUCAUAACAGCUCCAACCCAACAUUCAACUUAUGAUUCCCAAUCUAAGAACUCAAAUUUCACUUCUCCUACAUCUCCUCUCAUUAUGAACCAAGUUAAGUCAGGUCCAUCACGUACUCAAGAUAUAAAUAUAUAAAUGUUUUAUAUAUGUGAUGUAAUACACAUGAUGAUGAUAUAAAAUUUUCAAAUAAAUUAUA